UGAUACAUUCACAAACUGGCUCAUUUAUCCCGUAAUCAGUGGGUCCUCGUGUUGUUCCGUUAUUCGAUGGUGCUCCUCAUUUGAUUGAAAUACAGCUUUACUGAAAACUAAUAGUCCCAAGGAGAUAUUGAAGCCAGACAUUGUUUUGAGGGAAAUUUAAUAACAUGGACGUCAGCAUUUUGCUUCAACACAUUCAGUACGCGGUACCAGUCGGUCUUGUACUGGUCUGUGCUGUCCUCGUAUUCGCUUUUGGCUUCAAAAAUGCUGAACAACCACCGUUUGCACAGCUAUCAGCCGUCUCCGAUGCCGAGCGCAAACAGGCGACUAAGAAACGCAGCAAAAUUAAGGAGAAGCGAACAACGGGUAAUCAGACAGUGAAUGAGAAGACCAGUCCUGCCAAGAAAGUGUCACCAGCUAAAACUGAGACGAAAAAGGCGGCCAAUAAGAGUGACGAUGUGGAUGGUAAAUUGAAGGAGAGGGAACAAGAGGAGAAUACUCCUGCUGUUGUCAAUAAGAAAGAGAAGAAUCAGGUUAAUGCUAAAUCCGGAAAGGAGAAUAAGGUUGAGCAGGUGAAGAAUAAGAAAAAUCUCAAGAAUUUGAUUCUUGAGAAGCCAGUCGAUUUUGAUGAGGGUGACUGGGAGCAGGCUCCAUCGAGGAAAGAUAAGAAGAAGAAGAAGGAGGAAGAGACCCCGAAGAAGACUAAAAAAUCUAAGAAGUCUGAAUUGACAAAUGAUACCAAAGAGAAGGAACAGGAUAAAGUUGAGAUUAAGGAUAAGGUUGCCAAGGAGACUCAAAAUAAAGAGUUGAAAGAGAAGAAUGAGAUGGAAAUUGCUUUGGAACCAGUGAGCAAUGAGGUCGUUGAUGAACCCGAGGUUCCUGAGAUAAAGGAAGAGAUAAAGAAGGUCGAAAAAUCUGAGAAGGAUGAUAAGAAGAGCGCUAAAUCGAAGAAGGCCAAGAAGAUUAUUGAUCCGGAGAAUAAUGUAUCCGUCACUGAGAAAAAAACAUUGGAGAAAGUCAUUGCACAGGGAGUUGAAGACGCAAAGACGAUUGAGACUGUGGCGGUCGAAAAGGUGGAAACAGUCCCCGAGAAGAAAGCUCCAGUGUUCGAUGAGUUAGGAGACACAUGGACAGAAGCAAAACCCCAGAAGAAAAGUAAAAAGAAGGCGCGAAAGGACAAUUGAAAUCAUUCCCGUAGAAUGACCUGAAUUGAGAGUAUUUUCUCAGAAAAAUCCCUAAAAACAAAAAAAAAUCAGAAUAUCCAGGGAAUGAUGAGGAGUGUCCACCCAGAGUGGAAAUACUGUGGAACCUAUCCUAGCAUGGGUAAAAAAACCAAUCGAUUCAGUUUUCAACGAUUGAGUGAGUCUGUUUCAUUUUCCAUGUACAUAAAAAUCAGGGUUUAAUUUUUCUAAGCCCAUAGAUUCUCUUCUCUAGUAAUAAUUUGUAUUACGUGGAUCGCUCAUUGAGCUAUUGUUUCAUCAAUCAAAAUGAGAAAACCAAUGAACCAUUUGAUUGAUAAAUGCCGAGUAGUUCCUGACACGUUACAUCACCCCUUCAGCAGGAUCAUAAACUCGAUUGAAUAACUUGUAUUGUAAUUGAUAAAUGAAAACACAGACGUGCCAAGAGUGGGCAGAAUCGUGUCAGCACGGUGGUAAUCACGCUCAAGAAUAACAGACUAAUUCUUUAUUCUCCGAUAAACUGAAGAAUUAAAAACACUGUCGUGAAUUCUAAGCCAAAUACAUUUGCAUUGAUAAAGAUCAAUUGAUAAAAACAACAGAUAUCUAACAAAAAUAUUGCAUAAUAUAAUGAACACUAGGCAGAUGUCGCCCUCAACUUUCGAUGAACCCUAAAUAUGUUGUAGAGGACUCAAUAUUGACGGAAAUACUUUGUUUGUAGAGGUGAAUGAUGGAUGACUCUCCAAAGUAAUUAACUUGAAACCGAACUUAGGAGCUAAAAAAAAACGUAUCCUUUGGUUGAGUCUUCUACAUCAUGUAUAAGUUUCAUAGAAAUUAGGUUACACCUACGUGAUGUUCCCUAGUAGACGAAACCUGUUUUGAAAAUGAAACUUUACUUUUGUUUCUCCACUAGAUAUUUGCAGUUUUUGCCUGUCACUCUAUUUUCAUUAAUGAUAAACAAAACAAAGUGCGGCUUUACACAUAAAAUAAUGACACUAGUUGUUAAAUUAAACAAUAAAUAUAUAAAUAAUUGUAUUUUAGUAUGAAAAAUAAAUGAAUAAUCGAUACCCUUGUGACAACUGGCGAUAGUUUACCGUGCGGGUAUCGAUGCACUAUCAAUGCAUUAGCAGGAGACGAUAUAUUUUGGGUGGUUGUACCAUUGAUUCAUGGGCUGCUAUUAUCAUAUGAAUUUAUUAUAACUGAAUAAGGGAAAAUACUGUGAGCGUCAAAUUGCACAUUGUCUUGUUGAAAAUCGUCAAUAUCUCGAGAACGAUAGAGUACAACUUUCUUCACUUUAAAACUUGAAAAAAACCCGUAAAAUGAAGCUUGACUCGUUCAAAUGGAAUGACAUGGUCGGGAGAUAUCGACGAUUUAGGUGGGCUCAUUUUCGCUUACCCCUGUGUUAAAAGACAAUUCAGUACAUGUUAUGUGAUAGGUGUACCUCGAAUAUGUUCUCAUUAAAAAUUGUACAUCUCGCCUGAUGCUCUCCAAUAUCUCUGGAAUGACGAUAAACUUGUGAACUUUCCAUAACUGAUAAUUCGCGUUGAUAUUAUUAAACAUGUUGACAAUUUCAUUCAGCUCCAUGUUCUAGAAAUAGUACUUAAGAUAUGCCAGAAAGAAAUAAUGAUCAUUAACCUGACAGAGACGAGAGAAUAGAGAACUGAUGUAUGAUUUGUUGAUGUAAAAUUUUCUCAAUUAUUUGGAUUUAGACUAUUUUUAUAAAGAUUGAAAGAGAUAUUUCAGAUCAACGAUAUAUUUAACAAUUCGACAGGGUUUCAAUUCAAUUGGGCCUGAAUAUGUUGUAAAUUGUUGGAGGGAAUGGGAUAAAGGAAUGUCAUAUUUUGAAUAAUAACAUUUGUAAAUAAAUUAAUAUAAUGGGGUGAUAAGUGCUGAUAAUAAUGGAAGUUAUUAAUUGUAAUGUACAUCUCUUGUAAUUGCCACUCAAUCACGGCCUAAACCCGUGACGCUUUCUCUGGAAAAUUGCGUGAAUGUUCAUGUUUUUUUGCGUUUUACUUAGGAUAAGGAGAUUAAUAGUGGUGGUUAGUAUACAUUUCAUGGCGCUGAGAAAAUAAUUGCCAAAAUGAACAUAGUCGUAGUGUAUUCGAUUCUUCAGGACGGGUGAUUAACUAAACAAGAGAAAAAUAUUGAGGAUUAUUAUGUAGGAUUGGAUAAUUGUUGUUGUAAUUCUAUGAAUAUUAUAUUUGUAUAUAUGAUCAUUAUAUAUGAAUAUUAUAUUUGUGUACGAUGCAUGAUUUUUUAGUCUUCAAUUUAGAUGCCUGGGUACGGGGAGGCGAUUUAUUCGACUAUUUGAAUAAAGACUAUUGUAUAUUUUUUCAGCAUUUACAUAGUGGUCCUGUUUCUUCGCUAUUUUGGAAGAAUUUUUCGGGAGAAAAUUUCUUAAUCGUCCAAUUUUAUCAAUCACUUAGGUGUUAAUAAUCUAUUUUGACUAGGAUGUGAGGCUUCGAUUUAGAAGACUUUAAACAAUGCAAUUAACUUGGCAAAAGUUCUGAAGAAAAUUAUUGUCGUGCUUGAACAUCUUCAGAGUACGUAAUUAUUAAAAAUCAAAAUUUAGUUCAUCGUAUGAUGUAUGAUUGCAUCGUUUAUUUGGUUGGGACCACCUGCGGAAAUUAUGAUCAAAUAAAUAAAACAAGAGUUUGAAUA